GUGAAAUUGAGCCGAGGAAGCAGUAUUUGUGUGUGAUUUUCUCGUCCUCCGGUCAGAUCAGGUCGUAGCACUUGCGGCUCUUGGUUCUUUGACUUUAAACAAGUGUUACAGUGCGUUUUGUAGCGUUUGACCUACUAUUGGAUCCGGUGGUAGAUUCGAAAUGAAGCUAUACUUUCUCGGCGCAGUCCUGUGCGUUCUCCUGCUUCGAAUCACGGCAAACCCGAUAACAACGUUCACGGCUGAUGAUCGACCUCCCAGUGACGAAAUCGGUAUCGAAAAACAAGGUGUCAUCCAAGAAGAAACUCCAGGUGUUUUCAAAACGGAAAGUGCAACGGUUACGGAAGUAGCCAAAGAGACUGAAGUGAAAGAGCCUGAAUCCGAUCCUUCAGUAGAAACGAAUGAAGUGCCAGUUGCAAAGCAGGAAGUGAAAAACACCGAAGUUGGUGUGGCCGAAAGGAAGCCGAAAUCGAAGGGAAAGGUCAAAGGAAGGCAAUCUGAAGAUGACGAUGACGAUGAUGACGAUGACGACGAAGAAGCCGACGACGAUGACGACGACGACGAUGAUGACGAUGACGACGAGGCUGAUUUAGAGGACGUUAUCGAGGCUAAACGAUCACGUUCCAUUCAAAUGGGACAACCCAAAAUGCCAGCAAUUUAUAUUUCCAAAUACAACAGAUUCGUGGACAACAUAAUAGGCCGCAUCAAUAAAAUUUUGGGAAAGUCGUAUGAUCCGGUUCGGGUUAAACUUCAGUCUGCCGAAACUAAGAACAAAGCCAAAGGAAACAAGAAAAAGUCGAAGGGUAAAGGAAAAAAGAAGAACAAUAAGCGAAGAAAUCCCCAACGCAAAACCACAGACGUACGGAAUAAAAUGGCGGAGGUUCCGAUUGCAAGGUCCGCCAAUGCUAUAACAGAUGAGCCCAAACCGUUAGGUAUGUGA